GAUUGUGGAAGAACUGACCUGGGCACGGACGAGGCCAGUCGAGCUCAUCGAUGCCUUGCGAGAGCGGCUGAAGCACUACAAGGGCAAGGAUUGCUAUCCACCAGAGCGUGCAGGUCAGUGCGUGGUGACCAAGGAAGGCGCUGCCGUCGUCCGAGAAGCCAUCGACUAUGUGACAAGCUUGGAAACCUUGGGGGGUGUUGGGACGGCUUCGCAACCAGGCCUGGCGAUGGCCGGUGAAGAUCACGUCCAUGAUAUUGGCCAGACAGGAACGGCCUCGCACACCUCCUCCGAUGGCACGAACGCUGCAGACCGUGCCCGCCGCUACGGAAACUUCGAACUCUUCGGGGAGUGUCUAUGGUACGGGUCGGAUCGUGCCGACGCCCGCUGCGUGGUCUUGGACCUCAUCAUCGACGAUGGCGUGCCAAGCCGAGGUCAUCGACUCGGCGUUCUCGACCCGCGCUACGACACAGUGGGCGUAUCAUAUGGGUCGCACUGCACAUUCGGCCGUUUGGCCGCUCUGGAGUUCGCCCGCGGCUGGGAGCCGGAUGAGCUAGCCAUGAGCGAUCGGCGGAAAGCCGGGCCUCAUCGAAUCAGCCCGGAGGUCAUGGCAGCUGCGAAGGCGAAGGCGGAGACUGCCUGGAGCCUGGGGAGCUGCCCUGUCUGCGGGGAGCCGAUCAAGGGCGGCAAGGUUACGGAACUUGCCGAGAUGGGUAAGCUGCACGCAGCUUGCUUCAAGUGCAGCAACGCCGGCUGCGGCUGUGCCCUUGCCGGGGUGCCCUACAAGGUUCAAGACAAGGCGCUCUACUGCAAGACCUGCUUCUACGAGAAGUUUGGUGAGAAAUGCAAGGCCUGUGGCAAAGUCAUCAUGGGCACCAUGGUGUCUUGUUCCCUUGGCAAGCUGCACUUGGAGUGUCUGAUCUGCAGCACCUGCCAGAAGUCCAUCGGCAAGGCAUCCUUCUCGACCUCGGAUGGCAUCAUCCGCUGUCAGGCCUGCGCCGCCGCCGCUGAGGCCGCUGCGUCUGCGGCCGCAGCGCCUGAGAAGCGGGGCAAGGGAGCCCUGGCAAGCGCAGGCUCGGCGAUUGCAGGCCCCAAGGCGAAAGCCAAGACAAAGGCCAAGGCGAAGCCAGCAGCGGCCAAAGUCUCCAUGAGCAAG